GGUCGCUGGCUAACGCCCGACUUGUUAGCCGCCUUGUACUACGUUGUCACGUUGGAGACUUGUAGUGAACCUCGGCAACUCUCAGGCUUGCGCUUCGUCUUCUCGGUCAGAAUCUGUGGAAGUCUGCUGCCGUUAAAUUUUAUAGUCCGUUCAAGUAGGCCUAGCGCUUGGCUACUUGAUUUUUGUUCUCUGCAAUGGAAGUUCUGAUGAUGUGAAUGAUGCGGUCGAGUAAAGAAAACAGCAGGCUUUCAUCCGAUCGAUUUCUGAAACAUCUCGGGAAAAUAGCUGAAAACAUGUCCUCCGCCACUGAUUCCGUCCCUAUGCCUCACGUUGUCCUCGUCUCCCAUGAAGGCGUUGGGCAUACGAGACCGUUUGCCGCUUUCGCCGCCAGACUCAUCCAAACGAGGCCUGUGUACAUCACGUUCUUCACGACAAUCGGGUUCUAUGAUCGCGUCGUAACGGACGUCGCCAGAAACCUUGGCACGGACGAAGAGACGUUGCACCCCUUGAUCAGAAUCGUUGCCCUCGAGCAAGGUGAGAUCGCCAAACCCGAGGAUACCUUCAUCACUCCCAGGGCGCCUUUCACCAAGGUCUAUGGGCAGCUAGUGAAUGAAGAGCCGAUUAUCUGCGCCCGCAUGGGCAAGGAACUGUCGCCCAUUGCCAGUCCCGAUGCCGUGGUCAUCGAUUGCAUUGGAUACCCAGCCCUGCAGGUGGUACGAGAGCUGAGCGUGAAGCCAGUAAAGGUCUUCUCCUGGAUGCCCUCUCAGCAGUCGUCCUUGGUGCACUUCCUUGCCCCUAUUCACUACGGCGGCAGAGAAGAUAUUCGUCCUAGCGCUUAUGAAGAAGCUGCGAGGACCAGUCGAAAGAUCGAUGAAGUCCUCUCGGAGAUGAUUUUGGUUACUAAAGGCGAGGUGACGCGAAUCCCAGGCUUGCCGCCCAUGUAUGACUACGAGUUCCACCCUCAGCAGCUCGUCUUUGGAGGUCUGAUUGGUGCAGUCAUGAUGUUGAUGCAAAAUGUUGUCGAGGACUGUGACGGUCUAAUCAUGGCGACACCAGAACCAUACGAACCGGAGGGAAUCGACAUUUUCCGACGUUGGUUCGCGGAAACCUCUCGAGAGGUGUACGCCAUCGGUCCAAUGGUCCCAUUCGGGAAGAAGGCGAUCGAGGGAGAGAACAAGCAGUCUCAAGAUGCAGCUGACAUCGGACAGUUUCUCCAAUCAGUCUUGACGUCACAUGGUCCCAAGAGCGUCAUAUAUCUCGCCUUUGGGUCCGUGUGUUGGCCUGCAGAGCCUGAGAAACUAUGGGCAUUCUUGGACGUCGUCAUGGAGCAAAAGAUUCCAUUCAUCUUGAGCCACACUUCUCCAUUUGCAAACAUUCCAUACGCGGUGAGGGAGAAAGUGGACAUGUACGGUCUCGGUCGUCUUACGCCUUGGGCUCCCCAACAAGCUGUCCUUGCCCACGAGGCUAUAGGAUGGUUCAUCACUCAUGGUGGCCAUAAUAGCACCAUCGAGGCGAUAUGUUAUAAUGUACCUAUGAUCUUCUGGCCCUACACUGCCGAUGAACCUGCAAACGCGGCUAGGCUAACGGAUGUGUUGGACGCAUCCUAUGAACUGUUCGAGAUUCGAAGUGGAGAACAUGGCCUGAAGCCGCUAUAUCGCACUGGAAAAGCACCUGCCGGUACCAUGGAUGCCGUGCGUGAAGAAGCUGCUGCUAUUCUGAAAAAAGCUUUUGGCGAAGAUGGGAAACGCAAGCGUGCAAACUUGGAACAGCUCUCUCACAAGGUCAUGCAUACUUGGGAUGAAGGUGGCCCUGCACAGCGUGAGAUGAAGAGGUUUGCCGAUUUUUUGGGCACCGUGAAUGUUAAUUAGGUGUCUAAACCACUGUAGAGGAGUUAUGAGGGGCAUCAAUCGACGAUUUGCCGGAACACCUACAUUUGUCUUCGCUCUAAACGGGGUUUUCAUUACUGUUCUAUACCCUGAUAAGACAUUACUUGGCAUGAAUCUGAGGUUAGCGAUACACGAGGGACACAUCC